GCCAUUGGGGGGGUAUCAGGGGGCAAGUGCGUUAGCCGUCCACAUCCUCCACCAGGGAACAGCACAGGACGCGAUCACGGAACCCUGCCCGUGAACAGAGUGAAAUCUACCGAAAUCGUUUCAUCGGGAAAUCGCUGAUUCUUAAGACUGCAUGAAAUAACGUAUUGCAAUUUUAAGAAACUUUGUUAUUAUAUUGUCAAAUCCCCCAUUGUCAGGUCAAAAAUGACGUCAUAUGUAAGAUAGAACCUACGUGACAAAAGAUGAAUACGGAGAUAUUUCUUGUCUAUGCCUUAAACAAACACUCAUAUUUGUUUUGACAUACGAUUUGCACGAUAAAACAAGACUCAAGACAAUGGACGUAGUGGAUACAACAAUGGAAACCUCAAAUCCUUACAACAUGAAAAAUUAUUACAUCGGUUUAGGGUUAGCAAUCAGCUCAAGCGGUUUUAUAGGAGCUAGUUUUAUUAUUAAGAAAAAAGCACUUAUCAGAUUAGAGCGGUAUGGAAUUCGUGCCGGUGCUGGUGGUUUCGGUUAUUUAAGACAAUGGAUUUGGUGGGCUGGCUUAUUAUCCAUGGGAAUUGGGGAAGCAGCAAACUUUGCUGCUUAUGCAUUUGCUCCCGCUUCUUUAGUUACACCUUUGGGUGCAUUAAGUGUCUUAGUAGCGGCAAUUUUAGCAUCUAAAUUCCUCAACGAGAAAUUGAAUUUACUUGGAAAAAUUGGGUGUUUUCUGUGUAUCUUAGGUUCGACUAUGAUUGUAAUACAUUCGCCAAAAGAAGAAGAAGUAGAAAACUUAAAGGAGCUAUUGAUAAAAUUAAAAGAUCCUGGAUUUAUUAGUUACGUUUUUUUCAUUAUAACCGGUAGCUUAUCUAUAAUUUUUCAUUUUGGACCGCUCUAUGGAAAGCAGUAUAUUGUUGUCUAUAUACUUCUUUGUUCCAGCAUUGGUUCGUUAACUGUAAUGAGUUGCAAAGGUCUUGGUUUAGCUCUGAAAGAAACUUUUUAUGGUGUCAACAAUGAAAUGGGCAACUGGCUGACAUGGGCGUUUCUAUUCACUAUUAUUGUUUGCAUCAUGAUUCAAAUGAAUUAUUUAAACAAAUCCUUAGACCUAUUCAAUACUGGAAUUGUGACUCCUACCUAUUAUGUCUUUUUUACCACACUUGUAAUAAUAGCUUCGGUGAUACUCUUUCGAGAGUGGCGACAUAUGACUGCUGAAGACAUUAUAGGCUCAUUGUAUGGAUUCUUUACGAUCAUCACUGGUAUAUUUCUUCUUAACGCCUUCAGGGACAUUGAUAUUAGCUAUAACAAUAUUAAACAAAUAUUCAAUCCCAAGAGACACAUAGUAGGGAGUCACAAUUCAAGGUGGAAUUCCAGAGAUGAUGAAGGGUUACUAACUAGAUCAGAGUCCGAUCAAGAACACGGGUAUGGAAGCCCAGGAAUUACUCGAACAAUAUGACGCAUGGAGUAAUGUAUAAAUGUAUAUGAACGAAUAUGUGUACAUAGUCAGGAGUAUGAUAAAAGAAUGUAUAAUUAAUGUAUAGUAGUUUGCGUAAAAAGAUAUUUGCAUAUAAAUUGUUUAAAAAAGAAAUCUAUAACAUAAGAUUCUCAAUUUGGGAAUACAACAUUCUAACAUGGCUUCAUGAGCAAGAACGGUGGGAACCAUUGAUCUAAUCUGUAUUAACCUUUUGGCUACUAAGAGCGCCUAAAGGCGUCCGACGUUUGGUCCAAUAUUGCCUGCACGGUCAGACGAAUUUCGCUCAUACGAGUAUGUCAAAAUGGCUCCGUGUUCAAAGGUUAAUAAUAAGUUUGCACUGACGCUAUUUUAAUUAUAACUUGAACAAAAGUAGAAACUUGUAGUAGAAGCUUUAUGAAUUUUAAAAUGUAGAAAAUUAUUUAUAAAAUGUCUAUUUAUGAUAUUUAAUAAAAAGCAGCUUUAAGGAUUCAACAAAAUGAUAACUACACCGAUGCGUCACGUCAAAACCAAGGAAAUCCUAUGUAAUUUCAUAAAUUUUACCAUUUGCCAUCAAUAAUAUUUAUUGACACGAAAUUGUAUACAGCUGCUCAUCUAAGAACUAUAUUUUCUGUUAAUUUCAGAACUUACGCACACAAAAUAGAUCACGCUUCUGAAAUUCUGUUUUAUCAAAGUGAGUAUAAAAAACAGCGUUUUUUCAUAUGUACCGAGCAACAGUCUAGUAUUUAUAAAGAUGUUUAAAAUGCUGUAGAAUAUACUUGUUAACAGAUACUCAAAGCUAUAAUAAACUAUAGUAUAUAACUGAUUUAAAUAACUCAUAUACAUGUUUCAACAAUAAAUGGUAAAUAAACAAGAUUUUAAGAAA